AGAGAGAGGUAUUUAAGCAUGUGGCACUACCCGCUGCCAUACAUUGAAAUUUUGUGCCUGCAAGCCAGGGUAACCCAGAGCCAGCAGUAAUGGAGGGCACCACGUUCCCUACGAUGGACUACUACGAGUUCAGCGGCGAGGCAGUCACUGACGCCGAAGGCGUGCUCUACAUGGAGGACUGCCCCCCCGCGGGCCUCCCCCUGUCCAGCGUCUGCCUGCCCGCUGUCUACUUCCUCAUUUUCUUGGCGGGCGUGUCGGGGAACGUCUUCGUCAUCGCGGUGCUGCGCGGCAAGCGGCAGAAGGACGGCCGGCUGGUGGACACCUUCGUGCUGAACCUGGCGGCGGCGGACCUGGUGUUCGUGCUGACGCUGCCGCUGUGGGCCGUCUCCGCCCUGCAGGAGCACCGCUGGGCCUUCGGCGACGGCCUCUGCAAGCUCAGCAGCUACGUCAUCGCCGUCAACCGCUGCUCCAACGUCUUCUUCCUCACCUGCAUGAGCGCGGACCGCUACCUGGCGGUGGUGCGCAUGCUGGACUCGCGCUUCCUGCGCACGGCGCGCUGCGUGCGGCUGACCUGCGCGGGCGUGUGGGCGCUCUCCCUCGCCCUGGGGAUGCCCGCGCUGCUCUUCCGCCGGGCGCGGGACCCGGACGGGGAGGGCGUCGAAUGCCUGGAGGACACCGAAUCCCGCGCCUUCCAGGUGCUGAUCCUGGCCUCCUUCUUCCUGGCGUUCGUGCUCCCCCUGCUGGUCAUCGUCUUCUGCUACGGCGCCAUCCUGGUGCAGCUGCGGCGGCCCAGUGGCGGCAUCGGCGGCGGCAGCGGGGGGAAGGCCCAGGCAGAGGCCCGGCGCCGUCGACGCCACUCGCUCAAGAUCGUCUUCGCCAUCGUCGCCGCCUUCCUGCUCUCCUGGAUCCCCUUCAACGUGCUGAAGGUCGUCCUGAUCGGCUCCAGGAUGCGGGGUGUGGCCCUGUCCUGCGGGGCCAUGGCGGCCCUGGAGACGGGGCUGGUCCUCUCGUCCUGCUUGGCCUUCUUCAGCAGCUGCGCCAACCCCGCCAUCUACCUGUGCCUGGACCGGCACUUCCGGAGGCGUGCCCGCAGGCUCUGCCUGGGGUGUUCGGGGCGACCCGGGCCUCGCCGGGGGGGCUCCGCCUCGUCCACCUCCUUCAGAACCUCCGAAAGCUGAUCUGGGCCCAGCGCCAGGGCCCCCUCACCCCCCCUCCCCCCCUCCCCUCUCUCCCCAAAGUCAUUCUUGUUAUGAGAUCAUGGUUUAUGGAUCACAGCUUGUAUUAAACGUUUGUUUGCAUGGGCGGCAGCGUAGCAUAAUGAGUAAGGAGUUGCUCUUGUUAACUUAAAGGCAUUAGGUUCGAUUCCCCGGUAGGACAUUGUUGCCUUUGCGCUCUGGAUAAGAGCGUCAGCUAAAUUCCUGUAAUGCAUGCUUGCAUUAUUUAACAAUAUUACAGUUUGAGAAUCCUGGCAUAUAAACAAGGUCCUACGUUUCCAACAUUCUAUGCAUUCUGAAUGCAUUCAAAAAUUGAGAAUUAGUAAUAAUUAAAUUAUUAUUAUUCUUUUUCCACAUUUUACAUUUUAAGCAGAGAGAUAAAUAUAUUGACAGUGCUGCCGAGGGCAUCUAUUUUAGUUACUGAUUUGUGCAUUAAAACCAGACAACAGGGAACUGAUACAUUCAAAUAAAUAAAAUAUAAAUAUAGAACAAAUCUCUAGUGAGUAGUCUAAACAUUUAUGAAAAAGCCUACACUCUGUAGGAAUUGUUUCUUUAAAUCUAUAGCAGAAAUGAAGACAAAGACAAAUGACUACGACGCGUUUCGCCAGUGUUUUCAUUCUAUAAUUGACUAAGCAUAUUUUAUCAUUAUAACUGUGUUUCUAAAUUACUGCAUAUUUUAAAAGCGGUUUUAUGCAUGUCCUUUCUGUUUGAUUCAUGUUGCAACUAUCUAAUUAAUUAACAAAGUACAAAUAAUAUAUUCAAAAAAGCUAUAAAAUCAAAAUAAAAUUUGAUUAUUCCAAAUGAAUAAAGCAAAAAAUAUAUUAUUUUUAAAUAGCAAUGUUGCGCAUUAUCUACAAUUAUAUAAUAUCUAUACUUAUGAUAAUACACGGUUUAAAACAGACAAAAAUGGACUGAAAUUAAUUCACUGAAGUUUCAGUGAAUCUGAAGAUAAGAUUAUUAUGGUUUUGUAUUGCAUGCCUUUUUUGCGUGGUGUAAAAAGUUAAAAAUUCUAAGCUUAAGAAAGAUGAUAAACAAAAUAUUUUACUUUAUUUUUCCCAAUACUUAAUAUUUGAUAUUAGUAUUUAAUACAAAUACAUAAACUAAUAUAAUUUCUAGGUGAAAUUGAUUCUCCCGUUUGUUGAAUUAUAAUUAAUGUCUACACAUGUUCUACUUUCUUUUGUUUCUGUACAUUUAUUGCUGAUUAACUCAAAGCAUUACCUGAAAAGCAUUAUAUAAAUUUGAAUGAUUUUUUUAUUCAUGACCAUUCAACUUUGGAGAGCAUUGUACCCGUGCAAUUGUGUAAUUAUAGCUUCUGCAGCUUCUUGCCAUCUUAAAACAAAUGAUAAAACUUCAGAUAUCACAGAUAUGUAUAAACAGAUAAACAC